AUGGAUCUGGUGAAGAGUCAUCUGAUGUAUGCAGUCGGAGAGGAGGUGGAGAUGCUGAAAGAGCAGAUGGGAGAGCUGGUAGGAAACAGCCUCUUGAAGACCCUGGCGAGUCUGGAGCAGCUGGAGAAGUUCCAGGCCCAUCUGAGCCUUGAAGAGCCAGUUCCUAAAAGCCCAUGA